ACGGUUACAUUUGUUGACUCAUUUGCGGUCACACUGCUCUCUAGGGCGUAUCUUUUUUUAUUUACGUUGUGUAUUUGUGUUAUUUUGAAAAGAAAACCCGCUUUAUUGAACCAAACAUGCACUCCCUGACGAAUCUCAUCGUGGCCCUGCUGCUGGCAGCUCUAAUUCACGAGGGCUCUGCAAUUUGGUGCUACCGCUGCACUUCGGCCACGCCCGGCUGUGCGGAGAAGUUCAACUGGCGGGGAAUAGGAUUCCUGGGCGAGCACUGCCCGGAACCGGACGACAUUUGCGUCAAGGUGACGGAACGACGCGGCGCCAGGGAAACAAUCACACGUGACUGCCUUAGCGCGCUGAGCUUCCGCAAAGACAUACCCGCCGACAAAUACGAAGGAUGUCGUCCUGCCGCCCACGAUGAAAAGCUAGCGAACUACGUUAACCACACGAUCAAGGAGCACGACGUGCGCCGUGACUACUACACGGACACCACGUUCUGCUUCUGCUUCCUCGAUCAUCGAUGCAAUGGGGCCAGUGGCCUGCAAACGUCUGCCGUAAUCGGUCUUCUCACCCUUAUUCCUGCUCUGCUUCUACGCUAGAAUCUCCGCUCGAGUGCAGAAUUUAAGUGCCUUACUAACUCGUUCUGCAACGACGAAUUCCGUCCAACAUUCCACACACUUUUUGUACAACCUUUUGACAUGACUACAGCUUUUAGAGUCUUGUGUUUACUCAACUAAUUAAAUACAUUUUACCAUAUUUAUAAACAGGA